AAAAAUUCAUAAAACUGAAUAAAUAAAAUUGUGUUGCAAUUUUAUAUUUGAUUUUAUUGAAAAUUGUCAUACUGUUUAAUUGAAUAUCAUCAAAGAUCAAUAAUGUAUUUCAAUGGUUUGCCUAGGGAUACAAUGAUAAUUGCCAAACGAAAAUUUUCACAAAAAACAACAUUGAAAGAUCAAUUUGAAGUAGUAUGGGAAUUGACAGCUCCAUAUGUUGACAUAAAUCGUGAUAAAAUUAAUAAUAAAACAGUUGGUCAGUCAAUGAUCUGGAGGGAAAUUGGUAAUAAAGAAUAUACUACUGCACAAAAUAAAGAUUAUUUACGUAAAUCAAUUGAAGCAUACACCAAAAGUAUUGCUUUUGCACCAGUUGGAUCCAGUGAAUUGUCAUUGGCUUAUGCAAAUCGUUCAGCUGUAUUAUUCAGAGCAAGACUCUAUGAAGAUUGUCUUCUUGACAUUGAACGUGCAUUAAAGGCAGGCUAUCCAGAUAAAUUAAAAACAAAAUUAUUUUUACGUCAAUCAUUGUGUUUCAAAGCAUUGAAACCAAGUUCAGAUAUUGAACCAGGUAUGUCAAUGGCCAGUGCAAUGCAAUGGCUUCCUGACUUGAAAAAAUAUAAUCCAACAUACGACAUCAACAAAGAGUAUCCAAAGAUGAUCAAGGAACUUAAAGAACCACGUGAAAUUGUUAGAUAUUCACCAGAAAUAAAAAAUGAUAAUGCAAUAAUAGUUGGUGGAUCUGAUGCAAUUGAAUUGAAACAAACUGAAGAAAAUGAUCAACACAUUGUUGCAACAAGAGACAUCAAAUCUGGUGAAUUUAUAUAUAUUUCUGAGCCAUUUGCUGUAACAAUUAAUAGUAACAUGCUUUUUACCAAUUGUUGGCAUUGUGCUCGCCAAACUUGGGCUGGUAUACCAUGUGAUAAUUGUCCAAACAUUGUAUAUUGUUCUGAUUUAUGUAAAAAAAAAGCAUGGAAUAGUUAUCAUAACAUUGAAUGUUUAAUAUUAGGAUCACUUUUAAAAUGUGACGAUAUAGAAACAGAAACAUUAAUGGCAGUAAAAAUGAUUUUAAAAACACUAAACUCAGCAGGUGAUUUAAAAAAAUUAAAAAAAAUCAUCGACAAUAUUGACUCGGAUAAAAAUAAAGAAUUUGUCAUUACCAAAUGUAUUCUCGAUUUGAAUAGUAUUGAUAAUAUUAAUCGACUUGGUUAUCUUUUAAAGCCAUCGAAUGAUUGUUCAUUCCAAUUAACAUUACAUGCUGUAUGGAUUGUUUAUGUUUUUUCUCAAAAAACAAAUAUAUUUGGUCAAAAAAUGACAAUGAAAAAUUUGAUUAAAAAUAAAAAAACAUUGAUUUUGGGAGAAUUAAUAUCGCGAUACUUGAUGAUGGCCUAUCGCAAUGGUCAAUUGUUUGUAGAUAUAUCACUUGGUAGUGACCUUGCUGCAUCAAGUGUCAUGAUGCCAAUUUGUAAGAUAUUUAAGAAAAGCUGUGAUUCAAAUAUCGAUUGGAUUUACCUGGGUUCUAACAUUGGAUUUUAUGCCAGUAAACCAAUAAAGCAAGGAGAACCGAUAUCCAUGAGUACUUUUGGACAAUAUCAUUCAGUAUCAAAAGCUAAACGGUAUAUGGCAUUUGAAUCCUCUACUGAUGAUCCUGUACCAUGUAAAUGUAUAGCAUGUAUUGAAAAUUGGCCAACCCUAGAUUAUCUUCCAUCUUACGAGAGCAUGGUGUUGCCAGCAAGUAUAAAGAAAGAAUUAAUUUCUAUGACACGAAAGGCAGGAGGGUUGCGAGAUCGCAUCUAUUAUCACGCAGAUACCAGAGAAUUAUUGACAAUGAAGGAUACCUUGAAUAGCAUGAAUGAUAAAUAUCAUCAAUACAUCACUGUUCCUUGUCAGGAAGUAUCAAUAUUAAAUAUUGUAAUGAAAACGUUGUAUUGUCGACUACAUACAGUUUAUGAUAUUGUUCAAUAAUUAUUUCUCAACGAAAAAAUACAGAUACAUUUUCAAUAUCAUCAACAAGAUAAAUGAAAAAUCAACAUUAGUUAAAU